AUGAAAACUGAAAAUCUGGUAGUGCAUGUUAAUGAGAAGCAUUACUUUUCCGCCAAGCACCAAGAAUGUCAAAUAGUCACGGGGAUGAUGCCACUUCCAAGAGUACAGCGCGCCCGGCCAGUACGCGCCGCUUUUUACCCUCAAUCUGACCUAGGCUCGGCUCAACUGCGGCCGUCUAGGGGGCGCUCCUACCGGCCUGAGCCGGCAGCUGUUGGUCCUCUGCCCAUCCUCAGUAGUCGGAUGCUGGAUGCCAACUGGCGCGAAGUGACCUGUACGGUGACGCGUAGGCACGCUGACUUGCGAGUUUUCUUCGCUUGCCCCCAACUGACUACGCCAUGCCUCGAGGACUGCCGACCGCAGGCGCCCAUUUGUCCAAGUGGCCCCGAGGCUGCCAUCGAGUCGGCCAUGAAGAAUUCCACCCUAGACACUCCCAAAGACCGCAUCGGUACCUGCAUACCAGGACCGGAAACUCUGAGCUGUGCGCGCUCCGUGACCAGACCGGCUGAUGGAGCGGCGCUACCCGACGGCGCCUCAGUUGAGCAAAUCAAGAUCACGCUGAGAAUUGAUCAACGUGAUCGGCGUCUGGAGGGGCGCUGGCAUUGCUCACACGAAGGCCAAGGUAGCAGCGUUUUUGAGGUACGUCUUUGA